CCACCUUUCUUCCUCCUCCCAUCUCCCACACAGCAGCAGUAAGCAAGCAGCCACUUCACACAGUACCCAGGAGCAAGAGUAGUAGUUCAGGAGCGAGCUAGCUAGCGAUGGAGAUGUCUACCAAGGUGGUGGCGGUGCUCGUCCUCGCCGUGCUGGCGGCGGCCUCGACCGAGGCGAGGAACAUCAAGACGACGGAGGCGGCCAGCAAGGACGCGGUCCUGCAGCCGACGACCUUCCCGCCCUUCGACCGCUUCGGCAGCGCGUCCCCGGCGUUCGGCGGCAUGCCCGGGUUCAGCCUCCCCGGCAGCAGCGGCGCCACCCCGGGCCUCGGCGGCAUCGGCAGCAUGCCCUUCCUCGGCGGCUCUUCCCCAGGACUCGGCGGCUCACCGGGCCUCGGCGGCUUUGGCCGCAUGCCGGGCUCCCCCGCCGGCGCCUCCGUCGACGAGCACGCCCAGAAGCCCUGAAGAUAUCUGCCCACCCGGCGGUAGAUCUGCUAGUGUCUGGCACGGUGCACGGUGGUAAUGCUAGCUAUACGUAGUGCGCCGUGCACGCAUGCAUGGUUGGUUGGUUCUGUGGGCGCUAUACGCCGCGUACGUACGUUCGUCUGUGUGUGCGGCUUAGGUCGCGCUGGCUCCCUGUUGGAGGACUCGAUUUGUUUGUUAUGUUUUGUUGUCUCAUUUGGUUAGGUCUAUCUUUCGGUCCUAUGUGUUAGUUCUUUGGAUGUACUCCUGUAGUAGUGCUGUUCUUGAGGCAUGAAUAAUGCUAGAUGUAUGUGUCGCUUGUGUUAUGGUAAUGUUUAAUUGAAUGGACUGUUGUUGUAGUA